AUGAAUAGAGAGGAAGAAGAGAUGCUGCAAAAACAGUUCGAAACCAAAAAGAAGAAUGCUGUGUGGUCGUGCACUCAAGAUAUCUAUCAAAAGUUCGAAAAGAAAAUGGAAGAUGAACGCAGAAAAAUCGCAUCUGGAACCAUUGUAGAAAACAAUGGGAAAGCGAAUGAGGCUGCAAAAAGCUCCGUGAAAGAUAUAGAAGAGCCCACUGCUAGCUUACCGGAACCAGGAACCAGGAACCCCAGCUGGCCAGGUGAAGUGUUGAAGGCGGUUCUUGACCGUUUCGGAGGAUGCCGAGAAGGGGAUGGUCCUAGUUUCGUUCCCUCAUUUUGCGAGAAGAAAGUAACCAAGGAAGAGUCUUUUAGCCAGAAUGUAGAAACAGAAGAAAUCAGAGAGCUCUGGGCCACGAUAUCUGUACAAAAUAACUAUGCGGAUCUGCUUGGAUGGGGAGGAACAAAACCUAUCGUUCUACAAAGGCACGACGUAUCUGAUUCUAAAGAUGUUCCAAACAAAGGUAGUGACUUCAGGCCAAUAACCUGCAUGUCAAACCUUUACAAGUGCAAAAGAGCAGGCACUUUUGAACCUGGCGGUAUGCCGAGGAUGAAAACCAGUAAUUUACCACGUGGUAUGACGUUAGAAAAGCGUUAA